GUCUACACAGAUUUCCUCUCUCAUUGACCACUAGAAUGGAACUUGGAAAAUGGAAAUACUGCAGUCUCUUUUUGAUGCUGCCACAGUUAAGGUAAUCCUUAUGAUCCCGCUUCCUCAACUCCCUAUGGCUGACAAACUUAUAUGGCAUUACGAACCUUCAAGUGAGUACUCUGUAAAACCUGGUUACCAUGUUGCAGCUUCUGAAUUUGUGCGUAAUCUUUCUACUAUUCCUAUUAUCUUUGAUUCUCGGGCUUGGAAAGCUCUUUGGGCCCUCUCUGUUCCUCCUAAAUUACGAUUUUUCCUAUGGCGGCUAAUUAAAGGUUUCUUACCUGUGCGAGAUGUCCUUCGGGAUAAAGAGCUCAUUGAAGAAGAAGAUGUUGAGGGACUUCUAUGUCCUGUUUGUUCUCAUCCUAAAGAAACCUUAUCUCAUUGCUUUUUGGAAUGUCGAAUCGCGACUGAAUUGUGGGAGUUAGCAGGUUUUGGUCAUUUAUUCCACCACUUAAACUCACUUCACGUUGCAAUAGGUUGGAGGUUCUUGCUUUUAGAUGUAGGCUUAUCUCGCGCCGAGGUGACGAGAUUGGUGUUCUUAUACUGGAGGAUCUGGAAAGGGAGAUGCUCAUCUACUUAUGAACUCAUCCAAUUCCUCCCGGUCUCUUUGCUGCGACAGUUUAACUGUCAAACUGCGGAAUGGUUUUCAGCUCAAGAAUCAGGGACUGCAAGACGCCGGCAGCAUCUUCCAUCACCGACUGCUUGCCGCAACUCAACUCCACCUACUAUUCCUUCUGGAUUCAUGCUUGUUCAUUUUGACGGAGCUACUAAGGAAUCCUUUGGGGGUGCCAUCGGUUUUGUUGGCUUCGCAUCUCAGAAUGUUGUCUCUUUUGCUUAUGGGCGUUCCUACGCGGAAGUUCACGAUCCUUUUCUUAUUGAACUAUUGGCGCUUCGGGAUGCCAUGCGUUGGUGCCUUUCUCAUUCCGUAACUAAUGUUCUGUUUUGUGGUGAUGCGCAGGUCUUUAUCCGGAUGGUGUCCGCGAAGGAUUCGAAUCACGCUUUGGGAGGGGCAAUUCUGAAUGAGGUUCAGGUGCUGCGGACUUCUCUUGCGCGUGUUUUGUUUCAUUUCGCUCCUCGUAGGUAAAACAGGGCUGCCCAUUCCGUGGCAAAACAGGCCCUCGCAUCGAUGGUUCAGCGUCUGGUUGACCAUCGUUUUGCUCUUGUUUCUUUUCCCUGACCGUUUGGUCUUGUAUAUUUUCGUAUCUUGCUAUUCCUUCCGGAAUAUCUUUGGCAAAAAAAAAUGUCUAAUAGAGUUUAGUAUGUCUUUUAAGUUUUCCCCAAUAGAGAGCGUUCUUUUUUACCACACUGUUGGUAAUGAAUCUGAAUUUGUUUG